AUGGCGAGGUCGGGCCGAGAGAGCAAGGCCGACGGCGAUGACCGAACCUCUUCCGGCGAGCCACACCACCAGCUAAUCACGACCACCGUCUUCCCUAGGGAUAUCAUCAUCGAAAUUUUCACUCGUUUGCCGGUCAAAUCCCUUGUACGGUUCAGGUGUGUCUCCAAAUCAUUCAAAACCAUCAUUUCCAGCCCUGAAUUCAUUAAGUAUCACCUGAGGAGGCUCAAAUCUUCCACAUAUUCCUACCCCUUUCUCCUCAUUCCAUCCACCUCAAAGCUCGGGUACCGUUCCUGCCCAGUUGAAUCUCUGUAUAUGAACCCACAGCAACUCGGUUUCGCCGAUCUCGACCACUCACCGUUUCUUAUCGAAGCCGAUCGAAAACCGUUCUGGGUUGUUGGGUCUUGCGAUGGACUGAUCUGCGUAGCCAUCAAGAGGCGAUUCCCGGCUCUGUGGAACCCAUCCACCCGAGCUUUCUCUGUAUUCCCAGGGUUCGAGAUUCCUGAAAAAAAGCGCAGACGCUACAUGGUGUUUGGCUUUGGAUACGAUCUCGAAUCCAAUGACUACAAAAUUGUGUCCAUCUCCUGCUACCCAAACAAAGAUCCCAAGGAAAUUCGUGGAGCAGGCUUUUCUGGGAGCCAGGGAAUAGUUCACGUCUGUUCGUCAAAGUCCAGAAAUUGGAAGAGGAUUGAGGAUUUCAAGUACGGCCUUCCGUACGAUUAUCCUGGGAAAUAUGUGAAGGGAACUCUUAAUUGGCUCUUGGAUAACGAAUCGAGCUCUAUUGUUUCACUUAAUUUGGGCACAGAACAGUAUGAGGAAGUGAUUCAGCCGGAGUAUCAGGAGGAUGUUACCCAGAAGACGAUCGGGGUAUUGGAAGAUUGUCUGUGCGUGAUGUAUCAUCGCCAUGGCGAUUUCUCCGAUUUAUGGGUGAUGAACGAGUUUGGAUCGAAGGAGUCGUGGACCAAGUUGUUCAGACUCGAGUGUGGCCGGGAUGGGUUUCAAUCGCUGCAAUAUGCCAUGCCAUUGCACGUUACUCGGGGACGAGCUCUGCUGUGGCUGUGGUCUUCGUUGGCUGUGUACAAUUACGAGGACGCCUCUGUUGUGCAUCUGUUGUCCGCCGAUGUUUGGUGCGCUCAGCUUUACAUCGAGAGCUUGGUUUCUCCCGAUGAGCAGGACAACCACUGA